UAUUUGACGACACCUUAACUAAAGCCGUCUGACAAUUUUUGUGAAACUUGAAAGGAAAGACAGAUUCUUGAUCUCCGCCAUGGCUGUUGCUGCAAAUAAAUCCGUUUUAUUUGUUUGUCUCGGUAACAUUUGCCGAUCUGUGACAAGCGAGGCCCUCUUCAGGCAGCUGGCGGAAGAGAAGGGUUUCGCCUCGGACUGGAAGAUCGACAGUGCAGCGACCUCGACGUACCAGAUCGGAGAUGAACCAGACUCCAGGACAAACCAGACUUUGGAGAAAAUGGGACGCAAACGAAGCAAACAUAUUGCUAGACAGAUCACCAAACAAGAUUUCAAAGAUUUUCAGUACAUAUUUGGGUUCGAUCAGAGCAACAUAAGCAAUAUUAACAGGGUGAAACCAAAAGACAGCAAGUCACAAGUUCUCUUAAUGGGAAAAUAUGGAAAGAACGGAGAUGAAAUCGUUGAAGACCCUUACUAUCAUGACAUGGCAGCUUUCGACACGAUGUAUGAGCAAUGCGAUCGUUGCGUACGAGCAUUCAUCGCCGAGGUUGAACCAGGCAAAUAAUUUAAUAACAGCUUAUCCUCUCUGACCUGGGGGGCGUUUCACGAAACUUGUCAUCAGUGACAAAUGACAAUUUGUGUUAUAAGCUACUGAAAUCCUUGCUUCUGAUUGGUUAUCAGCAGAUUUGUCAAUGAUUUGUGUUAUUUGUCAUUGAAAAAAGGCUUUGUGAAACGCCCCCCUGAUCUGACACCCCUAUAUUCUCAGAUGCCCUCAUUUUUGCCAUUCUGAGUCUUUGCGACCCUUCAUUGCGCAAACUCAUAGCACAGUUCUGCUUAAAGUCAUUGUUUAACAAUGUUAAAUCUGAGAUGCAUGGCCCUACGAGUUAUCAGUGUCUGUGAUAUGGUGUAAUGUUGAAGCCUUACCGAAAUUGAAUUUUUAA